ACUGGUAUAAUCAGUUUAUGUAUACCAUGGUAUUAAAGUCCUCUCUUUUGCUUCGUGUUGGAUAUGAUCCAGUUGACUCUCUGUCUCCGCCGGUACCUUCAACCCAGUCAGGCUGGGCUGGAUAUAUGGUUGGCUGUCUUCUGUUCAGCAUAAUUAAUUCUUAAUAGUUCCGGUCCUCAGGAUAAUUCUUCGCCAUGCGCAGGUCUACACAAUUCUUGUCGGCGCUGCUCUCGCUGAGCACGCUGGCAAGAACAGACCCAACAUGGCCAUCUCAGAUUGAUGAGCUGGAAGAGAUCAUGUACCAAGUGCAAGGCUAUCGUGGCCGCGAAUUUGGCGGAACUGUUAUUCCCUGCUCAAGUGAAGCCUCUGGCCCUGGACGUCACAACGCUGCUGAGUGGUUAAGAGCCGCUUUUCACGAUAUGGCGACUACCACUAUUGCAGGUGGCCCGCGACAGGGUGGCAUGGACGGCUCUUUACAAUAUGAGAUUACAAGUUCAGACAACAUCGGCCCCGCCUUCAAGACAACGCUGACCUUUAUGGCUGAUUAUUAUACAAGUAAAUCCGGCGUGGCCGAUCUGUUAGCCUUGGGUGUGUACUAUGCCGUGAGGUCUUGCGGUGGCCCGGUCGUCCCCAUCGCUGCUGGUAGAGUUGAUGCUACAGCAGCUGGCCCUAUCGGCGUCCCUCUGCCCCAAAACUCGGCCUUCACCUUUGAAAACCAGUUCCUACGGAUGGGAUUCAGCAAAACCGAGAUGAUUCAAGUCGUUGCAUGUGGCCAUACUAUUGGUGGGGUCCACGAGACCGAAUUCCCUCAAAUCGUCCCAGUAGGCAGUACAGAAAAGGGCGAGGCACCAAUGGAUUCUACAGUGGCCAAGUUCGAUAACACGAUUGUGACAGAGUAUCUAUCAGGCAAUACAACGAACCCUAUGGUCGUGGGUCCAUCAAUCCGCGCCACGAGAAACGCUGAUUUCAAAGUCUUCAACUCGGAUGGAAACGCGACAAUGACCACUCUGGCGGAUCCCGAGACCUUCACAAACGUUUGUGCUACGGUGUUGCGCAAGAUGAUUGAGGUUGUCCCUGAUGGUGUUGUUCUUACCGAACCUAUUCAGCCUUAUGCCGUCAAACCAGUUGACAUGCAGCUCACACUGAACCCUGGAGCCUCAACCAUGCAAUUGUCUGGGUUCAUCCGCGUUCGCACCACUGAUUUCGGAACCGACUCUGCCGAGAGUGUUUCGCUGACAUACAAGGACCGAAAUGGCGGCGAUGAUUGUGGUGCAUUGGGCUGUACGUCUACGGCUACCCUCUUAGGUGCUACUGAGGGGUUUGACGAUACGUUCGUAUGGUUCCCUAUCAGUGUUCAAAUUCCAACUUCUUCAGGCAUCUCCUCCUUCAACCUGGCUGUCAACAUGGCUAGUGGAGUGUCUCAAGAAUAUGACAACAAUGGAAAUUCGUACCCCAUGCAGGAUGCUGUCAUCAUGCAAAAACCCCAAAGCUGUCUGCUCGAAGGCGACUUGAAAGUUGUGGCUGCCGUUCGCAACGACCUUGGCUCUCAGCCCGUCAGACUGCAGGUGUCAUAUAAGACGCCUGUCAAUGACCCAAACCGCCCAGUCCCCACUCUUAACAAUGCCACAGUUACCAUGACAAAGGGUGACUGUGUCGGCCUCUACACCUUGUUUACGGGUACCUAUGAAGGCCUGGGAGACCUUGACUAUGCUACCAAGUUUGACGUGGUUACCGGAACUGGUGAAACGGCUUCACAGGAUGCUUUCAAAGCAGCCAGUGGCUUAGGGGCAAGAUGCGCCGCCUUCGACGCGCCGCCAGCUUCGCUCUGCUCACGUGCUGAUGAUCCUCCAGUCGAGUCCUCCUCGACGUCGGUUAGUGUAACCCCGACUGUGACCUCGCCAGGAACAGUUACGAGUACGGCAGCAGUAGAGACCCCAUACCACAGAGACACAUUGGGCAACUUCACGCUAGUUGGUUGCAACACGGAGCCAACAGUCGCCGGAGCGAGGGCUCUGAGCGGUCCUAGCUAUGUUUAUGAUGGGAUGACACUUGAGAGCUGCAUGACCAACUGCACAGGGUUCUAUUAUUUUGGCACUGAGUAUGGGCGUGAGUGCUACUGUGGUAAUAAGGUCCAUACAGCCAGCACUAACGUUACAUUGGAUGAGUGUAAUAUGGUUUGCUCCGGCGAUGAGACAGAAUUCUGCGGCGCUGGCAACCGCCUGGAACUAUACGUUACCACAGGUCCCAUCCCAACUCCUACUGGUACUCUGGCCAUCAAGCCCACUGUGACACCCUAUCUGCGUAUCGGCUGUUAUGAGGAGCUUCCCACCCGUGCCCUCACGGGAGCUACUUUCCCCGGCGAGUCCAUGACUUUGGAGAUGUGUGCAUCAAACUGCGCUGGCUUCACUUACUUCGCCACUGAAUUCAGCACUGAAUGCUACUGCGGCCAGUUCAUUGACCCCAGGAGCAACGUCACCGACGACGCAGAAUGUAACAUGACCUGUGGUGGCGACGAGCUGGAGUACUGCGGUGGAAGUAAUAGGCUAGAAAUGUACAGACUCAUCAACCCACCCACGUCGACCUCGAUGAUGCCAACGCCUACUAUCACCCCAACGCACAAGCCCACUGUUCCUCCCUAUGCUUUUCAGGGUUGCUGGACCGAAGGCGAUGGUGUGCGAGCUCUCGACUCAAAAUCCACGGCAGGAAAUGUCACGCUGGAGUCUUGUGCCGACUUCUGUCAAGAUUACCAUUUCUUCGGAACCGAAUUUGGAAGCGAAUGCCAUUGUGGUGACAUUCUUGCCGCUUCGAGUAACCAGACGGACCUGGCUGACUGCAACAUGCCCUGUGCGGGCGACCCUACGGAAUACUGCGGCGCUGGUAACCGCCUGGAACUUUAUUACUCUAACACGACAGCCGGACCAUCACAGCCCCUCGUAGUUGGCAACUACUCCUGGUACGGAUGUCAAACCGAGGGUACGGGGGUCCGCGCGCUUUCAGGCAAAGCCCUCGUUACCGCCAACAUGACUCUCGAUCUCUGUGCGACGUUCUGUGAGGGAUUCAAGUAUUUCGGCGCUGAAUACGGCAGCGAAUGCUACUGCGGUGAUGAACUCGGCGAGGGCUCCGAGGCUGCCCCUAGCGGUCAAUGUAGCAUGGCUUGUGCGGCCGAUGAAACGCAGCUUUGUGGCUCUGGAAACCGAUUAAGUGUAUAUGAGUUGACACCCACAGAUCCUGAUACGCCGCCGGAGGAAGAGUAAUGAUGUUUGUAUAUGUAUGAGCAUGUGAGGACAGCCUUUUCGAUAGGAAAUGACACUGCUGUUUUGGUUCAGCAUAGCAAAAGGAGUUUUACGUAGCUAGGGCAAUCUGGUCUUGGACUUUUCUUCACUUCACGAUGGAACUUGAGACGAGGAGCAUGGGAAUCCAUAUUGGCUAAUCGAUAUGGAAUAGCUAUAUGCUUACCGAGCUUUGAAGUAUGGACAUAGAUACCAGGGAAAGAUAUUUGGAUCUAGGAU